AUGAGCCAAUCAGAUCCCUUAAACGUUGUAUCAAGAAUUUUAAAUAAAAUCUCCAAAGAUAAUUUUCAAGUUUUAAUUGAUCAAUUAGUAUCAAAGUGUCAAUUAUUAGAUAAAAAUGAAUCUACAUUAUUUAUAAAUAAUAUUUUUGAAAAGGUGGUUGAGGAACCAUCAUCAUCAAGUUAUUAUAUUCAAAUUAUAAAUAAAAUUCAACCAAUUUUUCAACAAAAUUUUUCAAUUGGAGUUGGAAAUAAAUUAGUUGAAAAUUUUAAUAAGCGUUAUCAAAUAUUAACUGAUCAAAUCAAUAGUAAUGAAGAAACAUUUGAUUUCAAUAGUAGUAAACAGAGUUUUUUAAAUUUAUGUAAAUUUAUGGGUGAAUGCUAUUAUACAUUACCAAGUUCAUUUUUAGUUGAUGUUGUAAAUAAUCAUUUACCACAAGUUACCAAAGAAACCGCUGAUGAUAUGACACUACAACAAUUAAUGGAAAUUGAAAUAAUUGCAACUUCAUUCACUUCAGCCGGUAAAACCAUAGAGUCAAUGGGUGGUUUCUCAAGUAAACAUGAAAAUAAUAAAACUCAUAAUAAUAAUAAUAAUAAUAAUAAUCAUGAUCAUGAUGAUGACGAUCAUGAUGAAGAAGAUAAUGAAAAUAAUUAUGAAAAUACAACUUCCACUACUAACAACAUCAACAACAACAAUAUACAAUCUCGUGAAAAUGAUUUACAUUUUAAAGGUAUUCAAAAAGCAUUGGAAGAUGCUACAUCAGUUUUAUCAUUUUUAAUUGAAAACAGACAAUUGUUACCACCACGUGUUAGAUUUAUGGUAAAGAAUUUAUUUGAAUUAAAGAAUAAUAAAUGGAUCAUACCAAAGGCCAUCAAUGAUGAUUUGAACGCUCAAAGAGAGGUUGUUAAAGUUGCAACAAACCACGGUAAAACAAUCUCCAAAAGUUUAUCUGAAAAAUGUGAUGAUGAUUCAACUUUGAAUACCAUCUUUUGGAAAUCUUUCUUUCAAGCAUUAGGUAUUCAAAACUAUAAAAUUCUUAGACAAUUAAUGUUGGAUGAUAAAUCAAAUAUUUCACCAUCUUCAACAUCACCAACUAUACCAUUAUCACCAUUCUUAAGACGUUCAAUGAAUAUUACUUCACCUUCACAAUUUAAUUUAAAUAACUGUAAUAAUAAUAAUAAUAGUAUUAAUAUUAAUAACAACAAUAUGGAUAUUGAUGCAUCAUUCGAUUUAAAUGAUGGUUUAAUGGAAUCAUCAUCAAAUAAUAAUAAUAGCAAUUCACAACUACAAUUUAGUUUAUCUAGUAGUAGUGGAAUUAAAGAUAACCAUAAUGUUCCAACUAUUGAUUUAAAUACAAUUAGUAGUAAUAAUAAUCAACAAAUUAACUUACCAAGUGGAUUUUUAUCACCAAAAGUAGCAAGAUCAAAUUCACCUUCUUUAUCUUCUGUUGUUAAACAACCUCAAUCACAACAAAAUAAUAAUAACAAUAAUAAUAAUAAUAAUAAUAAUACAACAAUUACAACAACUACUUCAUCCAAUAAUAAUAUUAAUAAUAAUAAUAAUAAUAAUAAUAAUAAUAAAAUUAAAGAAUCACCAGAACUUUCAAGCGCACCAGAUUCAAAUUUAUCUGUAAUUGUUAGUAUAAUUGACAGUAAGAUUUGGACACCACAAAAAGAAAUCUGGAAAAAGAAAAUUAUGAAUAAGAUAAUUCCAAUGAAAUCAAUAUUAAAGAAACCUCAAAAGAUUGAAAUCCUUGCUGCAAUUUGGCAAAAUAUGUGCGAUAAUAACUAUGAGUAUGGUUCCUAUUUGGAUUUGUGUUUAAAUUUAAUUAAAAUGGAUGAAGGUGAUAUCUCCCCAUUGUAUAGUUUAGAUGGUGGUAAUGUUCCACCAGUAAAACCUUAUCAACAAUCUGCUCAACCACCACCACCACCACCUUCUUCUUCUUCUUCAUCCGCUCAACAACCACCAAAUGAACCAGUUAAUCCAUUAUUGAAUAAAUUAAAAGGUCCAAAUAGAAGAUCAUCAAUGGCAACCUUACAAAUGAAACCAUCUGGUAUCUCUGAAGCUAGAAGAUCUUCAAUCUCUGUUCCAUUUGAAUUAAAUCGUAGAGGUUCAUUAUCUGGUGAUAUUCCUUCUUAUUGUCCACCUGCUCCAAAAUUAAAAUCAACUCCAACUCUUAAAUCAACUCCUGCUAUCGUUCAAAAUGGUGGUUCAAUUACUUCAACUUCAUCAUCAUCAUCAUCAUCAUCAUCAUCAUCAUCGUCAACAACUAAAAAUAUUCAUCCAACUUCUGAAUCAAAGAAACAACCAAUUGCUAAAAAACAUAAACCAGAUUUAGAUAGUUUCAAAGAUGUUUUAAUUAGUUCACUUCAAGAUGAUUUUGCAUUGAAAAUGUUUGUCAAAAAGAGAAGUUUAACAACAUAUAUGGAAUUAUUAAAAGAUUUAUAUAGAGAAUUUAUUAUCGAAAUCCCAUUAUUACUAAAGUGUAUUUCAUUGGUACAUAAUGGUUUAUAUGAACUAACUGAUGAAGAAUGUACAAUGUUAUUUGAUUUAGAAGAGAUGGCACAAGAACAACAAAACUUGGAAAAACAAAAUGAUCAACAACAAAAUCUUCUUACUCAAAAUAAUCAAAUAUUCCAAUGGAAAACAAAUACUUGGGAAGAAAAACCUCAAACUCCACCACCACCUCCAACUUCAUACUUUGAUUUAGGGUCUGAUGUAUUUGUUUUGUAA